AUGCAUCUCGAAGAGAUCGCGGUGCUCGUGGGCCACGCCGAGUGCGUGUGGCAUGCGUCGUGGAGCCCGGACGGGAGCCUCCUGGCAACGUGCGGCAGUGACAAGACGGUGCGCAUCUGGGCCCGCGCGCGCAACAGCGCCAACCACUGGGACUGCGUCGCGACGCUCGAGGACGCGCAGAACCGAACGAUCCGCGCUUGCGAGUGGUACGUUCGCCCUUUUCGCCGGUCAUGGCUCACGUAUCCUAGGUCGCCGAACGGGCAGUUCAUUGCGUCCGUGAGCUUUGACGCGACCACGGUCAUCUGGGAGCGCCGCGGCGACGUGUACGAGGUUAUCGCGUCGCUCGAGGGCCACGAGAGCGAGGUCAAGUCGAUCGCGUGGAGCCCGUCGGGGUCGUACCUCGCUACGUGCAGCCGCGACAAGAGCGUGUGGAUCUGGGAGGCCGACCCAGACACGGACUUUGAGUGCAUCUCGGUGCUGCAUGCGCACAGCCAGGACGUCAAGUUUGUGCAGUGGCACCCGAGCGACGACAUUCUCUUCUCAACAUCGUACGACGAUACGAUCUGCGUCUGGGCCGAGAGCGACGACGACUGGUACUGCAAGGAGACGCUCAAGGGCCAUACCUCGACGGUGUGGGGCGUCACGCUGCGCGCCGACGGCGAGCGUAUGGCGUCGUGCUCGGACGACACGAACGUACUGCUCUGGCAGCACCAGCCGGGCACGAGCGCCGACGGCCGGCCGACGUCGUGGCAGCCGCUGCAGGCCCUCGAAGGCUUCCACGAGCGGUCCGUCUUUAGCGUCGAUUGGCACCCGACGCUCAACUGCAUCGCCACGGGCGGUGGCGACGACGGGCUCCGUCUUUUUGCGCAAGAGAAACCCGAGAGUCCGUUCCAGCUCGCCUAUGCGCAUGCGCACGCCCACGCUGGUGACGUCAACUGCGUCCGCUGGUCCAAGCAUGACCCGACGCUGCUCGUCUCGACUGGCGACGACUGCGUCGCGCGUCUCUGGCGACUCGUCGCGUAA